CUUGAAGAGAAGAUGCCCACGAACGAAGACAACGUUCACUCUGUUGCUCAGAGCGGCUACGCUGAAGGCACGAACGAGCUGUACGACCGCUCCCGCCCAUCCUACCCAUCCGAAUGCCUCGCGUACAUCAGGUCUCUCGCUCUGUCUGAUGGCGCUCUGAACGUCCUCGAAAUCGGCGCCGGAACUGGCAUCUUCACGCGCGCCUUGCUCUCCCAUCCUGCUUGGGCCUCUUCCGAGAAAAUGGGAGGGAUCAAGGCGCUCCGCGCUGUCGAACCUAGUGCAGGGAUGCGCACCGUCUUCGAGAGCUCUCUCCCAAAAGAGUACGCUGCGAAGGUCUCUGUGCACGAGGGCACGUUCGACAGCACGGGCGUGCACGAGGACGCAUGGGCGGAUGUGGUUGUUAUUGCGCAGGCGUUCCACUGGUGCCAAGAUCUCGACGCCGCGUGCGCCGAGUUCGCGCGCGUGCUCAAGCCCGGAGGCAUUUUAUGUCUAGUGUGGAACGUCGAGGACACCGACGCAGCCCCAUGGGCCGCCCGCCUUCGCGCGCUCUACGAGCGGUACGAGUCCUCCUCCAUCCCAGGCUGGCACCUCGGCCACUGGCGCGCCUUCUCCUCCACCCCGUCCUACCUCGCUGCCUUCUCGUCUCCCCUGCCCUCCGCUAAGGAGCAGCCGGAGGAACGCGCGUGGCCAAACGCGGUGCCGGCGACGGCCGAGCUCGUGCGCGAGCGCGCGCUGAGCAAGAGCUACGUCGCUGUUCUGCCUGCCGAGGAGAAGGCGAACGUGGAGGCGGAGGUGAGACGGAUUGUCGAAGAGGAAGGGGAGGGAAAGGUGUGGUUGGAUAGGGAGGGGGGCGUGUUCGAGUAUCCGUAUAAGACUGUGUUGGUCGCUGCGAGGAGAAAAUAGCACAUGCUGCACGCGAGAUAUAACUGUUUGCGUUCCAAAUGGCCACAGAAGUUCUUCUCUUUGCAAAGUAGUACGGACAAGCAAUAAUCAUGUCAGAGCCAUAGU